UUUUUAUCCUGUGAAAGAUACUUCGGAGCGUGUGGGAAUUUUUUUUGUUCUGGGAGAGUAUGAUUGUUAUUGCACUGAGUGCCUGGUUGAUUAAGAAUUGGAACACUCAUUUGAAGAUUAGUGUGUUUUGUAUAAAUGAGCGAUCGUGCACCAAUAUCACGUCGUGGGUCAUCUUUAGACGAUGCUAACGGCCACAACUUCAAUACAAAGGAAGACCAUGAUUUCACUGGCGCCUCUGUGCUGCCUAGUGACUUGUCUCGUCAGAACACAUGGAGUCUUCCGAUAAUGAGAAGAACUUCAACUUUUAGGGCACCUCCAAUUAACGAGGAAAGCAAUGGAGAAACACAAUCUGCAGAGGAUACAAGCAAGGCAGAAGUUACUGAUGAUAGCCCAGUAAGCACAACAGCACCGGCAUCGAGUUUGUCCCAGAAGGUGCCUGCUGAAGAGACAUCACAAGAACCUACACAAGAAGAAAAGGCCAUUGCCAAAAGCAGCACUCGAAAGGGCAUGAGGAAAGUACGUUGGCUAUUCAUCAAAGAGUUUCUCAUCAUUUUUGUAGCGUUUAUCGGUAUUUUAUCCAUUUACUGGGGAUCGUGGUACGAUCGAAGGGAGAAUAUGCAUCGGCUUUCAUAUUUAGUUGCUCUUGAUGAAGCUGGUGAAGCUCAAUCGCUUAUAUCAGACACCAUCAGAGAAGUGUUCCAAUCCCGUGAGGCCAGAACAAUCGGAACGUUCCAUUUCCCAAACAUGACCGAGUUUAGAGAACUUGCUGAGCAAAACAACAGAUCAACAUGGGAUGAGGUUGUCCAUAGAGUACACCAGCAGUACCAUUGGGGUGGUAUCUAUGUACCAAGAAAUGCCACUGCUUCGUAUUUGGAAUCAUUAAGGACUUUAAGACCAUAUAACGAUACAGUUAGAUUCGUCUAUGAAACGGCAAGAUCGCCAACAAGUGUCGGCAGCUAUGUCGUUAUUCCUAUUAGAAGAGUCCAAAAUGGUUUCGUUCAACAGUCUCAAAGAAGUGUGGUUUCACCCCUAGUGGAAACCCUCUCUGAUGAUGAGUACCAUAGCCUCAUGACAAAUGGAACCGAUUUGUUGUCUUCGUUAUGGUUUACCAUGAUAGACAAUAGAGCCUAUGACUUUCCUGGGUUAAUAGGACCUAUACUUAUCGGGCUCAUAUAUCUCGUUGUGAUCUCAUUCCAUCAGUUUAACUUUGCCUCUGAUACCCAUGAGCUCAUGCAAACCAAACUGAGGUUGAAGGAUUACGUUGUCUAUCACAUGAUAACAUCGCACGUAUCAUAUUUGGUUAUCUCCUUAACUUACUGCCUAAUGAUAUUGGCCUUUCAGAUGCCUUACACGAGAACAUUUGGACGUUCUGGAUUCUUGGUAUGUUGGGCAUUUGUAUACCUCACCACUGCUGCUUUUGGUGGUGCCAACGAGAACGCAGCAUUGCAAAUCUUUGCAAGAAACAAACCAUUGAUUGGUCUUUGGAUUGUUUUAUUCAUGGUUGCAAACCUGGCUCCGGUCUUCUCUCCAAUGGCCUUGACCAAUAGGUUCUACAGGUACGGGUAUGCAAUGCCAAUGCACUGUGGAAACGAGCUUCUAACUGUUGCGCUGCUAAACACGACGAAGAGACAUGUAGGAUGGAAUAUUGCUAUUCUCCUUGCAUGGAUCUUGGUUACUAACGCAAUAUUGCCCUUCAACUUGAGAAAUAUCAAGAAUUACAAGAGAGGUGUUGAAGAGAAGGCACGUCUUGCGCUGGAGUCCCAGAGACAAGCUCAGAAGUCAUAAGACACGUACAAAUAUAGAGCAAGAAAAAACACAAAACAUGUCUCUAUAUAACAUUACUAUGGUAUUACACAUCAUGAAAUCAUCAACGACCUUCCUUGAGUAGCUUGUUUCUCUUCUCCUUCUUGCGCAUUCUCUCAACCUU